AUGGUAUUAAAGUCUAAAGUCUUUAAUAAAGUGGAGGCAUAUAAGGAGGCGUCGGGUUAUGUGAGCGUACGUCCGGGCGCUCACAUGUUUUGGUGGCUAUUUUACGCCAAUUCUAGCAAUAACUCGAAUGCACUGCCGCUGGUUAUAUGGCUUCAGGGAGGUCCGGGUGCGAGUUCUACCGGUUAUGGAAACUUCAAUGAAAUCGGACCGCAAGACUCUGGUUUGAAAGUGAGGAACACUUCAUGGAUUAAAUACGCAAAUCUGCUAUUCAUUGACAAUCCCGUCGGAACCGGAUUUAGUUAUGUCGACAAUAGUAGGGCUUAUACUAAAGAUAAUACAGAGAUCGCCAAAGAUUUGGUCACUUUAAUGAAGGAAUUUUACAAGAAAUCGCCAGAAUUUGAGUCGACGCCAUUAUAUAUCUUCUGCGAGUCAUACGGCGGUAAAAUGACCGUCGGUUUUGCCAAAGAGUUGCAUCGGGCCAUUCAAGACAAAGAGAUCAAGGCCAAUUUCAAGGGCAUUGCUUUGGGCGACUCCUGGAUCUCCCCAAUAGACUCGGUGUCCACGUGGGGACAGUAUCUCUACACAUUGUCAUACAUCGAUAGACACCAAAAGAGUGAAAUCGAUGCUAAAGCCGAAGAGAUCAGAACCUCUCUAAAGAAUGGCGAGUAUGAAGAGGCGACCAAUGAAUGGGGAAGUCUUGAGAUGUUUGUCAGUUCCAUCGACGGCGGUAUCGACUGGUAUAAUGUACUCUACGGAUCAAAUAAUCAAUUGAGUACCAGAUAUCUGAAUCAAAUGAAGUCUCUUAAUAAAACCACUCUCAGUAGUAAUAUUGUUAAACAUUUGGCCAAAUAUCACAAUGAUGAUUUGGACGCAUUAAUGAACGGUCCCAUUAAGACCAAACUUAAAAUCCCAGCGAAUGUGACGUGGGGUGGACAGUCCAAUGAUGUGUUUGACCACUUGUCCGCUGAUUUCAUGCGCGAUGUGGUCAGUGAUGUUGACUACCUGUUGGCCAACACAGACCUCAAAGUGGUUGUAUAUACGGGUCAAUUGGAUCUAAUAGUGGACACCUUAGGAACACUCAAUUGGGUUCAUUCACUCCAAUGGCCAGACCUGAAAAAUUUUGAAAUCGCAAACAGGGAAGAGAUGAGCGGCGGUUACUUUAAAACAUACAAGAAUUUCUCUCUCUAUUGGAUUAUUAAAGCCGGACAUAUGGUGCCCACCGAUGCCGGCAAUACAGCCCUCGCAAUGCUGCACAAAAUCAUUCAGUCUUAGUUUGUUAACUGAAUUAAAUAUUCAUAAACUGCUUAAUUACAAUUGAUCAUAUUUAAUUAUUAUAUGGAAUUACAAAUUAAUUAC